AUGUGGAUGCGUAUGCACCCAGUCGAGCGUUGGACCGCGCUCGUAGACCUUGGCCGGCGUGGCGCAUAUUUGAUCGAGAAACCUGUUCAUCUGUUGUCGCCGGGAGCGCGCGACGUAGGGGAAAAGUGGACCCCGGUCUCCGAGACCAACCCUGACAACUUAUCGGUGCUAGGCGGAGCAGACCCAAAGGUGCGCUUCACCUGGAAGGCGACAGUGGCGCACUGGCGCCUCUGCGAUGUGCUUCCCUACGCCGCACGUCUUCAUCUCUGCCUUUCGCUUCUUCUGUGGAUUCGCUGCUUGCGGGAUGUGCAGGACACGCUGGCACGGGUGCGACUUCCGUUUGCGAUGGUGCGCCGCCCCCAGCGGUACGCAGUGGCGGACGUCUUCCCAACCCGCUUGAGCGAACACUGGGUCGAUGCUCACACCACCGUGUCGACGAAGAUGAGUGCGCAGCUGAACUCAACGGCGGAGCAGAUCCCGGCACCGCACGCGUGGGACCCAGAGACGUCGGAGACCAUGGAAGACGCAGCAAUGGAGGCCACCAUGACGCUGGAUGCGGGGCACGUGCUACAUGGUCGCCACCAAGCCCGUCUAGGCGGCAAGAAGCUCUUGCAGCAGGUGCAAGGCGUGCAACCACGGGCGAGUGCUGACGACGACAUGGCAGCUCGACUGACGGAGGCAGGGUCACUGGGUGGUCGCCUACGUCGUCGGCGUCGACUGUUGCGUGCAUCUUCUUCGUCAGCACCCAAUGCUCUCUCAGUGGGGUCGGCCCCUGCUUCUUCAAGGUGGCGGAGCUCACUUGAGUUUGCCUGUGAUGCAUCUCGCCGCGUGCCGCCGGUGUCGCUGGAGCCGGAGCCGCUCGAGGACGCCGCUUACCACGGCAACGACAACCGCGGCGAGGGUUGCCCACUGAACCAAGAUGGAACGGCGUCCCCAGCACCCAUCUUCAUCUACGUCCCGCCCAAUGUGCACAACGCGGCCGUGAGUCCCGGCGGCGCGCGGUCAACCGAGGCGGAGCUUCUCGUUCGUUACUGCGUCAUGGCGCACGCUGCGGUGCUUUCCAGUCUGUUUAUCGAGGGCCGAGUGGUGGACUUCUGCAGCAACCACCCGCUGGUGGUCGCCUACGUGCAGUGGCUGCUUGACGAGCUUGUCCUCGGGAGGUUUGUGUCUGCUUCCGUGCUAGCUGAGGGAGAGGUGACUGCGUACCGAUCGUACUAUCCACCCUGGUGCUGGAGCAACGUACUUGUGCUGAUGCCCCCUAAGCACUGCAGCAGCUACUCGCCUGUGGUGCUGCGAGACUGGGCUGCGCGCAUCGUACAGGCGGCCCCAUGUUCUGUACUGGUGGAGGGAAGUACCAGUGCAGAGUACGUGAAGCAGCUGAAGGACGAGGUGCAACUACUACAAAGCGCUCUGGACGCAGAGAACACGAGGGCAGUUGAAUGGGUGACAUUGAGCGCUACCGUUCCCGUUGACACUACGACAAGAGAGAGCGCUUCCCCCGUUGCUGGGGCAGCUGCCAGCGACGGCAACCACAACGACAAAGAAAAAGCGAAGGUGCCACAGUUCCAACCGCAGCGAUGCCCUACAGCUGCUCCUUCCUCGUUAGCAUUAGCCUCCGAGGCUACCUUCGCGUUGGUGCAGUGGUUGGGCGAGUGGCUCAAGUCGGGAUCGUCGGGCGCGACGGCUCACAGCACGUUCCAUCAAGCCCCCUUUCUCGAGGCGGUGCAGGAGGCAUUAGAAGAUCGCUUCUACACUUGCGAACUGCUUUACUCCCCCACACAGUCGUGCCUGACCCCCUACUGCUUUGAGCGAUGGGUGCUAGAGCAGCUCCCCGGCAAUGUCCGCGUAGUCGGCAUCAACACAUCCCCACUCGAUGUACUCUACUUCUUUCCUCAAGGGGUGUUCCUGAGCCAGAAGGUGGGCAAUGCUUUUCGCUACCGGGCCGUGGAGAGAACAGUGGUGGCGAAGGAUGUGAUUCCAACCUGGAGUUCGCACCCACUGCGCUAUACGGCGACCCAGUUGAGGCGGCUGAGUCGGUGCUGGCGGAGGCGGGGCGAUGAUGUGGCGAGUGGCCUGCACGCCGAGUUCUCGCCAUCGGAUAUCCCUAAGCUGAAGAGCACCGUGCGCGCUGCAACCUCUUCUACCCACACUCCCGACGUAGAGCUGUACGGUGAUGCAAGAGACAAAGCAGCGGAAUCCGCAGACGAGGAGAAUGCGUCGCAUGCGCUUGUUCGUGAGCGCAUGGUAGAAUAUCUGGCUGAACCUUCAAAGGGGGCGCUGCUGGGGUUGGCAGUAGCGCGCUUCUUCCGCUUCUAA